UUAUUACUAUUAUCUAAAUUACAUGACGUUUUGCUAUUUACAUUAUUUUUUCAGUUAGAAAGUUAAUGAAAUCGAUUGUUUGGAGCAUUGUUUUAAUUUUUGGCAGUUAAAACUAUCUCGCCAAUUUGACACCAAACGAUAUGUUUCUUAUAUUAAUGCGGAAGCAAACUUAGAUUAAAUCAAGUUAGUUAGUUUGGUUAGAGAUUAGCGCGAGGUUUUGUCUGUGUUCUUGAUUGCUAUCUUGUGAAGAAACGUUCUGUUUUAUUUGAAAGAAGAGUUAUAAUUUUUGAUGAAAACUCUGACAUUUAGCUUGCGUAGUAUCUAACGGAUUGAAAUAAAGAGCUAUAUUUCUUUUACAAGUAACUUAGUCACUGUGCGGUACAUAUUGCUCAUUUCUGUGGAUUCCAUUAUUAAAUUCAAAGUUUUAUAAUGUCUUCUCCAAAAUGGUUGCCUAUGGAGUCAAAUCCGGAAGUAAUGAAUAAAUUUCUGAAAAAUGUGGGUGUUCCUGAGCAAUGGAAGAUAUCUGAUAUUAUUUCUUUUGAUGAAGAAUAUUUGAGCAAGAUUCCACGCCCAUGUUUGGCUGUGCUUUUUCUAUUUCCUAAAAGUGCGAAAUAUCAUGAACAAUGUGAAAAGCUGGAGAAGUGUGAAAAGUCGGAAAAGCAUGAAGAAGUAUUCUUUAUGAAACAGCAAAUUACAAAUUCUUGUGGAACUGUGGCUUUAAUUCAUGCUAUAGCUAACAACGUAGAAUUCCUGAAACUCGGUUCUGAUUCAUGUUUGCGGAAGUUUAUAGAAGGUGCUAAAGGCAAGAAUCCCCAAGAAAUAGGACUGUUACUGUCGAAUUGUAAAGAAAUCGCUGCUGUUCAUGGAGCUUCUGCAGAAGAGGGACAAACUCAGACGCCUAGUGAAGAUGAAGAAAGCAAGCUUCAUUUCAUAACAUUUGUUAAUGUAGGAAGCAAACUCUAUGAAUUAGAUGGAUUGAAAAAUUCACCAAUUUGUCGUGGACCGACAACAGCUGACACGUUUCUCCAGGAUGCUUGCAAAAUCUGCAAGGAACAUAUGGAACGCGAUUCAGAUAGCCAUAACUUCACCGCUUUGUCCUUUGGCGCCGCAUCCGGUUAAAUAUGCAAGGUAAUGGCUAUUGGAAUUUUGUACUUGCAGGCUAAUUGAUACUAUUUAAAGGAAGAUUUAACUCUGAUUUAUUUUUUGUGUUUAUGCGAUACAGCCAAGAAGCAAAAUAACUAAUAUUAUGAAACUUCCAUUUAAUACUGAAACUAACGUGUUUUUUUUUUUUUUUCCAUUUGUUUAAAAUUCGAUUCCAAAGGAACUUAAUAUUAAAAUUUUUAUCCGUUUACAUGGAUCUCCAACUUCAAGAAAGGCAAACAAGUUGCCUUGUGUAAAGAAACAUGGAACAUUAAGCAGAAAAACAAAAAAACUUUUUUACUUGAUGUUUAAGUAAAACAUCAUGCGUGUUUUAGGCUUAGCAGUUGUAUAGUGUUCCGAACGGCCGAUUUUACAUUCAUUUUGAAUAUGCGAGUUUUGCUUUUUGUUAACGUUCGAAAAUGUUUCUUUCAUUCUUGUUAACAUGCAACAAGCUGAUUUCAUUUAAAAUUUUCUGUUGUAUUGAGUUUUUUAGUGUUUAAACAAAAUUAGAAAAGAUGCAAUUCAUUUCUUUGCUUAUAUUGUAUUACCUUACAUUUAAUUUAAUGUUCGGUUUUCGUUUAAAUUAUAGUUAAACCUGGACUGUCUGGAAAUAAAUGUCAAUGAUAGUUUGUCUGUAUUUUAAUGUUUUAUUUUGGAUGAAAAUCUAAUCUAAAUAAUAAGAGUUUGCAGCUAUUCAUAAAUUCGAAAUUUUUUUUUUUUCGUAUCACUAGGUUAUGUACAGAUUCCGAAGUAAUUUUCUAUUGCAAUAUUUUUUCGACAGCAUACAUAUGUAAAAUAUUAGCAUUUUUUAAAUGAUGUAUUUAAUGUAUUGGAAAAUAAUAGAAGCAUCAAUAUCAGAACUUUUUCCAAUUUUGCUAGUUUCGUUUGAUGUUCUGUUUGAUGAAAAAUUACUAGGUUUAAAUUCUUUCUAACUGAAACUUAAAAUAUGUAUGUAAUAUAUUUAAUGAAUGUUACAACUAUUUUCAUUUUUGUGGAUACAUCUGGGCUAAUCUUUGGAAUAUGGUGAUUCACCUUAUAUCUCUGAUGCCAUGUUUAUAUAUAAAUUAUGUUUCUGAUUCGCUUGGUUUACAUUACUGGUAUAUCCAAAACAAAAUCUAAGUGGUAUUUUUAAAUAUGUAAGAAGCUUCGUAAUUAGCAACAUUAAUAGCAUUUCAUAAUCAGCUUAAAUUGCUGUAUCUAACAGUAAGAGAAAAUAAAUAUUAGAUCUUCUUCUAAUAACGAAAACAUUUGCUGUCGCAGGAACGUUGCAAUAAAAUAUAAAAGUUUACAACUGGGUGACUCUUGUUUUUUGACGCCAAGAUCGGGGCCACGAAAG